AUGCCGUGCAUAUUCUUGAAUUUUUUUGAUUGCGCGAUGAUUAUCAUAGUUGUUCUAUCAUUUUUCUUUAAUUUUUUCAGGUAUUUAAAAAUAAUCGAAAUUAAAUGUUAUACAACAGAAAGUGGUAAAAUCAUGUUAGCUCCAUCAAUAUUGUAUGGAACAUGUCUGUAUAUAACGUUGAAAGUAUCUCAUAACACUUCUUUAGUAACAUUUCAUCCAAUUCGAUCAUUUUCACCAGUUCUUACCAUUUUACUGUCGCUUUAUGUUUUGCGUAAAAAAUUGCCAACAAGACGAAUUAUGUUUAUAAUAUUGCUCAUUUGUUUAUCAACAUCAGCCACAAGUAUAAUUUUUAUUUCAUUUAAUUUACUAAAUUUUUAUAAUGCAUGGUCCUAUCUAUUUGGAUUCGCAGUAUUAUUUAUGCAACCAACAGCAUUUGUGAUGAUUGAACAUCGAUCGAAGAUGAUUGCGAAUUAUGUAUUAUAUAUCAAUACAUUUAACUCCCUUGGGUUGUUUCUUAUUUUCGAUCUUUUUGAGGUUACUUUUUAUAUUUAA